GUUUUUUGGCUGGCCCUUGUGGAGCGCAUUAAACAGGAACAACCUCUGACAUUCACAGAGCAAGCAUGGGCAUUGUCAAGAACGGAAAAGUUGUAGUGUUGUUGAACGGCCGAUACGCCGGCCGCAAGGCCAUCGUGGUCAAGACGUACGACGAAGGCCACGGCGACCGCAAGUUUGGGCACGCGAUCGUGGCCGGUAUCGACCGCUACCCCCGCAAGAUCACUCGCUCGAUGGGCAAGAAGAAGGUGACCAAGCGCUCCAAGAUCAAGCCGUUCGUGAAAUACGUCAACUACAACCACAUCCUGCCCACCCGUUACGUGGCCGACAUUGAAUUGAAGAAGGUCGUGGACGACGAAGUGCUGGCGACCCCCGAAGCCCGCAUCGAAUCCCGCAAGAUCAUCAAGAAGGUGUUCGAAGACCGCUACUUGAACCAAGGCGCGACCAAGUCGGAGAAGAAGGCCGCCGGCGUGUCCUUCUUCUUCAAGAAGCUCCGCUUCUAAAUGUCCUCGUGCAUCGCCUGUGCUCUGUUGACGGAAGCAUCGACGUCGCGUGGGGAUAACACUACAAUACAUGAGACUGUUCCUCGUCACAGGUGUACUCAAUUACUACCCCGACCAUGCUGUCCUUCAAACGAGAACACUCUU